AUGGCUGCCGAGAGCCCAGCAUACUACUCGCUCCUCCUGCCUCUCCUUCUGGUCGUAGUACCUGCGCUCUACCUGGUGGGGGUGUUCCGCAGCCGCAGGAGGUCGGCCGGGCGACAACGGUUUCCUCCGGGGCCAUGGGCGCUGCCGGUGAUCGGCCACCUGCACCACCUCGCCGGCUCGUCGGUCCCGCCGCACCACGCCAUGCGCGACCUGGCUCGGCGCCACGGCCCGCUCAUGCUGCUCCGGUUCUGCCAGCUCCCGGUGCUCGUGGCCUCCUCCCCGGACGCGGCGCGCGAGAUCAUGAAGACCCACGACGUGGCCUUCGCGUCGCGGCCCCUCAGCCCGACCAUGCAGCUCUUCCUGCGUGGCUCCGAGGGCCUCGUCUUCGCGCCGUACGGCGACGGAUGGCGGCAGCUCCGCAAGAUCUGCACCCUCGAGCUCCUCAGCAACCGCCGCGUCCACUCCUUCCGCGCUGUCAGAGCGGAGGUGCUGGGACGCCUCCUCCGCUCCGUCGCGUCGUCGGCGUCGGCGUCAGCGUCCGUGAACUUGACCCGGGGGCUGGCGUCGUUCGUCGCGGACUCCUCGGUUCAGGCCAUGAUCGGCCGCCUGAGGAGCGACGACCGCGACACUCUGUUCACGCUGCUGCGGGAGGGGUUUAAGAUCGUGCCGGGGAUGACCCUGCCGGACCUUUUCCCGUCGUCACGGCUCGCCAUGCUCCUGAGCCGCGUGCCCGCCCGGAUCGACCACCGCAACAAACGCAUGGCCGCCUUCAUGGACUCCGUCAUCCAGCAGCAUCGGGACAAGAAGAGAUCGGCCGCUUGCGCCGACGGCGGAGAGGAACAAGCGGAGGACUUGCUUGACGUGCUCUUGAGGCUCCAGGACGACAUGGGCUCUCAGUAUCCCCUCACCACGGAGAACAUCAAAUUGGUCAUCAUAGACAUGAUUAGUGCGAGCAGCGAGACCACGUCGACGACGCUGGUCUGGGCAAUGGCCGAGCUGCUGCGGAAGCCGGCGGCCAUGCGGAAGGCGCAAGACGAGGUCCGGCGACAGCUCGACGGCCACAGCAGGGUGACGGAGGACGGCCUGGCAGACCUGCACUACCUGCGCCUAGUCAUCAAGGAGACGCUCAGGCUGCACCCGCCGGUGAUGCUCAUCCGGGAGUGCGGCCCGCGGCAGCAGGUGCUCGGCUUCGACGUGCCACAGGGCGCCAUGGUGCUGGUCAACGCCUGGGCGAUGGGCAGGGACCCGGCCCACUGGGACUCCGCCGGGGAGUUCCUUCCGGAGAGGUUUGAGAGCAGCGGCACGCCGGACUUCAAGGGGGUGGACUUCGAGUUCCUGCCGUUCGGCGCCGGCCGGAGGAUAUGCCCCGGCGUCUCCUUCGGCCUCGUGCACCUCGAGCUCGCCCUCGCGGCGCUGCUCUUCCAUUUCGACUGGAAGCUGCCGGACGGGAUGGUCCCCGAGGAGCUGGACAUGACCGAGGAGGCCGGGCUCACCACGCGCCGGCGGGCCGAGCUAGUGGUGUUCGCUGUCCCUCAUGUUCCUCUUCCCAUAGAUCAGUAGACGUAUCCGGCCGUAUAAGCACCAAGAAGAGUUUCUUGUGUUUGCACGGGUUGUGUUUGUGCUUUGUGGUGACAAUCGUGAGAUGCUGGGUUAUGAAUUUAUUAUUUUAAAAUAAGAGUGUGGCUAUGUCUCAUUCGACUAAGAUUUAAUAAAGUCUCAGUCAAGUGACAUAACAUGUAAGAGAGAAAAAAACUGAUUUUUUUUGCACGAAUCUCAAUGUGACAUCUCACGGAUAUAGCAUCGAGUGAGACUUUCCUAAGUCUCAGUCGACUGAGACUUAGCAAGACUAUUAAAUAAAUGUCUUGGGUACAGUUGUAAGGAUCUGCAGUUUUUAUUUGUGCUGUUUUUUUUAAGAAAAAGCCGUCAUGGCGACUUUAUAUGAAGAAUCGUUUCUUACACUAAUAUAGUGUAAAAAACGCUCUUAUAUUAUGGGACGGAGGGAGUAUAAAAAAGGGGAGGUUCCCUAACACAAUGAUUGAAUUUGGCAUAAAAUGAACAAAAGCAUCAGAAUUACAAGCUAAAAGAUGCACAAUUUGAUUGGCUUCCUGAGGGCAUCAAAUUUGACAUUCGCGAAACCUUACAUAAAAAUGACCAUUCUUCAUAAACUGCAGCUGCAACACCAAGCAUGUGUUUGGUAGGGACGUGUUUGGUUACCCGCACCGUUUUUUGAGGCUGCAUGA